GUGGACAGGAAAACAUGUUUAAUCAUCAAUCAGGUUUGGAUGGUACAUCCACUCAGUAUUCUCCGACGAAUAGAAACUUGUAACAAACUAUGCCUAAACAAAGUGUAAAGAGAACCAACGGACAACCACAAUCUACAGACCAGCAACUUGGUACAUAUCAAGAACUUUCAGAGUCGUUUGUGAGUGUACCACUUUCAUCAGAACCACCACCAGAUAGUCAUUCUCCAUUUGUUUUGGAGGACGAAGAGUUGUUUUCUUCAGCUCUUCGACAUCAAAACGAGCAGGAGUGUUCUUCCGAGUCCCAAGUAGAUAACCUAUUUGAGCUAUUGGGUUCUUCAGAUGGAGGUGGUGUGAGCAAAGAAGACAUUCGUGUGCUUUUAGAUAUUUAUGAUGGAGAUGUGGAUAGAGUAGCUAGUUGUUUAUUGGAACAGGAUUUCUCUUCAUUACAGUUGGUGAAAGACUUUCAGUUGGCCCAUACGCUUCAAGAAGAAGAACAACGACAUUCUACUCGUUUUAUUCAACAACAAGAAGAUGAUACGACUACCUAUAGUGGAACACCACUUCCAGCUUCUUCACGUGAACGUUUUAUUCAUUCUGUGAAGGAAAUUUUGAUUCCUCAACUUGCCAACGAACUGGUUGGAAUGCACUUUCCGGAUAUAGAAAACGAUGGACAGAAAUACGAGUAUCAUUUACGCAAUCUUUCAUUGGAGUUGUUGAAUAUUCCAAUCGAUCGAGUGCAAGUAACAGUAACCCAUCCCGAUAUUCAUGUGGAUUGUGAAGAUGUAGAAUUGAAGAUAGCCGUUGGUCAUUGGGAAUAUCAUAGAAAAGGUACUUUAAGUUUUCAAGAUGAUGGCCAAGCCCAUGUUAUUUUAAGUGGUAUUCAUGUUGGUUUGAUCAUUCGGUCUCACUUGGAGCAAGAACAAGAGUUGCCACAUUUAGGUGUUCGCAAAUGUAUCGUUUCAGUGGGAGAAGUGCGUUUUCGAUUUGCAGGUACAAAAGCCAGUUGGUUAUAUAAUCUAUUAUCAACUCUUUUUCAAAGUCAAUUGAAAAAGAAUGUCGAAGCUGUAUUACAAACCACUGUUUCCAGUGCUGUAGAUAGUCAAUUGAAUCAAUGGACACAAUGGAUAUUUGCUCAGAAUGAAUAGAAUGUUAUUAUUCUUUUCACCAACUUGUGGUUAUCGUAUCAUAAACUUUACCAAGUUGUUUUUUGUUCGUAGAUUAAGGAAUAAUACUAAAAGUGGACGUUGUAGUUGGUUUCAGUCGAGUUUCAAAUGGACUGCGUCUUUAUUAUUACCCGUAGUACUUUGUAAUAAAAAACGAGUGUCCUUUUGUACUAUGAACCAUAAUUGUGCUAGGAAUAGAACAAAGAACGUGUUGAUAACGAGUAUCAGUGUAGUGGUUUAUGGAACGUUGUUAUUCUAUUAUUGGAUAAUACGCAUAUUGAGAAAGAUACAACAACUAGUUUGGGAGUUGAGUUGGUUAGUCGUGUAUUCGUUUCAACAAUAUAGACAAGCUUGUGGACGAAAACCUUCAGAUGGUAUCCUAGUUGAUAGAAUAGAAGGUGGUGAUGAUUGGGUCACACGUGAAGAGUUUCAACAACUUGCCAAGGAUGUCAAGAUAUUGAGUGAAAUAGUAGCUCGACAUAAUAUUCAUUUAUACAAAGCAUUGAGAGAAGCUCCUAAAGAAGACCCAUAAGAACACGUCAUCAUUUCCUUAAUCUGAAUAAAGCCAUUCUUCCUUUCCACGUACUUUACGCACCCUCAAUCUUCUUGCUC